GAGACAUUGAGACACCAAGAAAGUAAGCAGUAAGUACCAUUCUAAAUGACUCCAGGUCAUCCUGCACAGGUCUCGUAUCAUCUCAACCAUCUCACCCCCCGACGGAGAGCGGCCACCAUGGCUCCACCAUUCAGCGUCAUCACUCGCUUCCAGACCCUCGUCCGAACCCACCUAAACGGUCCUCCGGGCCCCAGAAUGGUGGACAAGCUCUCUCUGGUCCUUGGGAAUUAAUCUUUUUCCUUCCAGCGGGAUUGUUCCCUGUAUUGUUUUAUUUUUAUUUCUCACACCCGGCGGAGGUGUGAGUGGAUCAUCUGCCCCAUCGCCGUACGUGGUUUGCGCCUUUUCCUUCCCUUGCUGGGU